GAAGUCGUGGGUGCUCUUCGGUCGUACACAAAUUUGAGCAGAAAGGGAAGAUGUCUUGGAUAAAUACCUUCCUAAUUUUCCCAUCUCUGCUGACCCUGGUCUUCAGCGGUAAAGUUCACUGGAAGGACGAGCAUGAAUUUCAUAAGUUCAAGGCUAUAAGUUCUAAAGGCCGACUGAACACCUUGUCAGCCCUCUCAGGUCAAGAUAAAUUUAAAGCCGAGUUGAACCCUAUGCUUAUUGAGCGUGUGCCAGAUACCCCAGGACACGAUUCUGUAAAAAAGUAUAUAAGAGAACGGAUGGAAAACGUCAACUGGGACAUCCAGGAGGAUCAUUUUGAGGAAAGUACGCCUCUCGGGGUGAAGCCGUUCACCAAUAUCAUUGCCACUCAGAAUCCCCAAUCCCUCCGUAGACUGGUCCUGGCCUGCCAUUAUGAUUCCAAGUAUUUUCCCGGCUUCGAAUUCCUUGGAGCAACAGACUCAGCAGUACCCUGUGCCAUGAUGCUGGACCUUGCUCGAUCGAUGGACAGAUACUUCAAGAAGAAAGAUAUGGAAGGAGUACCAGAGGUGUCGCUACAAUUCAUAUUCUUUGACGGGGAGGAAGCGUUCGUGAAAUGGACGAAUACAGAUUCACUCUAUGGAGCACGCCACCUUGCAAAGAAAUUCGCCAACACGACGUACCCAGAUAAUAAUUCAGAUAAUACAACUUUAUUACACCGCAUAGAUGUUAUGGUAUUAUUAGAUCUCAUUGGAGCACCAUAUCCAAAAUUCUGGAGUUUUUUCAAAAACACUCAAAAUAUAUUUGAAAGGUUUAUUAAAAUAGAAAACAAAUUGAUUGACAAAAAACAAAUACAUUUAACUCCUGAAACAAAGAAUAAGUACUUCUCCGAUGACAAAGUUUAUCAAAGUCAGAGUGGAAUGAUAGAAGAUGAUCAUAUUCCAUUUUUAGAAAGAGAGGUGCCCAUCGUCCAUUUGAUAGCUUAUCCGUUCCCAGACCAGUGGCAUAGACCACAGGACACAAAAGAUUUCCUCAAUUUUAACACCAUAAAUGAUCUGAAUAAAAUACUCCGGACAUUUGUCGCAGAAUAUCUGCAUCUUGAUGUAUAAACAACUGACCCUUUAAAACUCUGAGAUAUAUUUUUGUUGAUUAAAGCUGCAGGGUCUGGUUGUUCAAAUAAUGUUGUAUCACUAACUUGGUAUUAACUUCAAUUUAGCGUUUUCUACUUCAGUUUCACAUUUGAAGAAAUAAGCUAGGGCUUGUAUAUGAUUGAAUUCUUCCUGAAGGUGCCUCUUGUUUUCAACUAGUGACUCCAUCUCUUCUAAAGAUUGCAAACUUAUAUAACAGGAGGAGCUCCCUGCUUCUAAUUCCCUAUUUCUCCUUAUCCAUAGGGUAUAAAUAUGAAAUAUAUCCAUAGCCAAUUGAUUUAAACUCGAAAAGAAACAAGCCUCCCUGGUGGUGGAGAGGCAAACAUCAUUAAAAAUCGAUCAUGACCACUUUGUUUUCUGUGUUUUAUUUGGGAGCUUAUGCAUGUAUCAAUAUAAACUUGUAUUUUAUUUCUAUACAGCUUACUACGUACUAUAAGAAGGCCUCCAAGUAUAUUCAUUACUGUUUUCGAUAUGGUGCAUUGAUUAAUCCUACCUGAUUUUUUCGGAAAAAUUAUUUUCAGUGAAAUCAGUUAUGCGUUAGAAAGGGGGCUUUGCUUUAUAGAAUCAAGUAUUUUUAACAAUGCAAUGUCUCAUAUCAUAGUUUCAGACGUGUUGUACAGAUGGCGACAAUGAAAAUGUGCAGUUCUGUAAUUGCUUUAUCUACCUGCAUUCGCAAAGAACCAAACCAAAAUCAAUAAAAUCAUUCCCUAUGCAAUUUACUGUGUAAAUUUUGAUUAUUUUGUCUGUGAACCAUUCUUUCACAUACACAAUGAAUUCAUCGCCGACAUUGAAUAGCAGUGAUAUUCUAUAUAUUUUCGAAGGCAUUUAACUCUUUCAGUGCCAAGGACGUACAUGUACGUCCUAAAUAUUAAGGUAUUUUAGUUCCUCCAGACGACACCAGAUGUCCCCAGCUACUCAAAUGUGGUUCAUAUGGUUUCUCUGGCCUGGGGCGUCCAAAUUGAAUAAUUUUUUCGACUGAGAGGGUGGGGUGGGGUUUGCCACCCCUCAUUUUAGGUGAAAAAUGGUGAAAAUCGGCCAAAAAUACCACUCCCUCAAACAAAUUUAGAACAUAAUCCUAGUAUGCCCCUACUUAUUACUGCUGUUUUAUUGAAACAGGAGGUAAAGACAAAGGUUUUGAAGAAUUUUGAUGAGUGUAUCUCAAUUAUUUUUGUGAGAUUUUGGGUAGUGACAAUGCCCAAAAAUGCCCAAAUCCUUGGCACUGAAAGAGUUAAUAGUCAGAGUUUUGAAAUUGAUAUCCCACCUGCAUCUGUACGACUUUUGAUAUUUUAUAGUCAGUAAUGUACAAAUGUACAUUGUUUUAAGAUGUAGUUGUUUAUUUACAUUAGAAUAGAUUUUUUUCACAUGAAGCUCUAAGUUUAGAAAUACAGUCAAACCUCUCUACUGAGGACAUCCUCGGGACUGAUAAGCACCGUUUUAAUAGAGAGAUGUCCUGAUAAAUGAGAUCAAAUUUAAUGAAAACAAAACCAAUUUUGGUGCAUAAACUACACUGGACAGCAAUGCUUUCUUUGCUUUACUUGAGCCACAAGAAUAUACGAUGAAUACAAAUGGCCUAGGCCUACGUACUGGUUACGCCAUGUAUGAUUACAGUUUUCAUCCUUUCAUUCUGGUAAUGGGAAAAAAAUAUCUUGGACAUUCAGGAAGGGAAUUAGUUUUGUUAGUUGUUAUGGAUAACCGAAAAAGACAUAAAAACACUCUGUCAUACUUAUUUGCAUACAUGUAAGGGCAAGUUGGGUAUUAAACUUGAGCAUGUGGUGUGAAAAAAUUCCAUGAUAAUGUUAAUGAUGUAUAUUAUGUAGCAUGUAAAGAAGUGAUAUUGAAUGAAUUUGCAUUGAAAAUCAAAAAA